UGCGAACUGGCAAUCUCGUGUCGUUUAGCUCCCUGGCGGGUCGUUGAGAGCUAUCACAGGAAAAAAGUAAACUCCAAUGAAGGUGAAAAACAGUGAAAAUGUGCUAAACCAGAGCUAGAAUAAAAACCCGGUUCGGACAGGGGAAACACUUUUCUUUUUCUGUCUUAUUCGAGUCGGACUCUAUUGUGUCAAGUAUUUUCCACGAGUGAGUGUACAAAGAAAUGUUUGUGGAAGGGUCGGAAAAUGAAAACAUAACCGAUGAACGAGUGUGUAGUGAGCGAGAGUAAAGUGUCGAAAAUUUACACCGUAAAUGAAAAGAGAGAGUGCUAAAUUUUGGCUGUUUAUAGCUUGUUUAAAUAAAUAAAAGUGCAUUUAUUAUUAGAGUGCUGUGAAAACGCCGUCAAUAUCCAUUCAAUAGCGAUAGCAAAAACCAGCGCGACUAGUGAAUUAAGUUUGUUCCAUCAACACUGUACUCGCAAUAGAUAAUGACUGCAGCAGUUAUGGCAUCGGACGGAAGCUACGAUCCAGUGAUUUCGAAACUAAUCACAUCGCUAAAAGACGCCGAAAGUUUAUCGGACGAACAGGAUCUCGGCUUCCUGCAGAACUUGCUGCAAUCCAAAGAGCUCAACGCGCUGGUUACCGUACACAGUAAAGUUGCCAAAGUCAACAAAGAUGACCGGAUAGCACCUCUUCUGUCCGCUUCAAUGCAGGUGCUCGUUGAGGUGUUGGAAAUGUUAGCGCCGAGAUGUCACAUUUCGCCUCUGUGUAGGGAGAUUUUCCACCUGUUGCAAACGCCACACUUACAGAGCAUUUUACUCGCACACGAUGCCGUCGCGCAAAAGGACUUCUAUCCCCACCUGCCGGAAAUUCCGAUCGAAGUCGACGAGGACGAGGAAACUAUCAAAAUUGUACAGCUUGUGAAAAGUAACGAACCGCUGUGUGCUGGAGCGCAAAGUGCGGAACCAAUUGUAGGUGCCACAAUCAAGACGGACGAGGAAACGGGUAAAAUUAUCAUCGCACGAAUAAUGCACGGCGGAGCGGCCGAUCGAUCCGGGCUGAUCCACGUGGGUGACGAAGUGAUUGAAGUGAACAACAUCAACGUCGAGGGUAAAACUCCCGGCGAUGUCCUGUCGAUACUGCAAAACUCAGAGGGAACUAUUACCUUCAAGCUGGUACCGUCGGAUGGAAAACUUGAUCAGCGGGAAAGCAAAGUGCGCGUCAAGGCAUACUUUGAUUAUGAGCCGGAAAAUGAUCCGUACAUCCCGUGUAAGGAAGCUGGACUAGGAUUCAUCAGGGGCGACAUUUUGCAUAUUGUGUCUCAGGACGAUUCCUACUGGUGGCAAGCCAGGAAGGAGGGCGAAAAAACAACCCGCGCUGGUCUCAUCCCCAGCCGUGCACUACAGGAGAGACGAAUUCUUCACGAACGCUCCGCAAAAGAAACGAAUGGUGAAACCAAGAAAGGUUCAUGUGCUUCCAUCUGCUCGACACCACCCGGUUCACCGAAUCCCAACAAUCCCUGCCGUGGACCGAAAACUAAAAAGAUUAUGUACGAUACAGCCGAAAAUGAUGACUUCGAUCGGGAGAUGAUCGCCACCUAUGAGGAGGUCGCCAAACUGUAUCCGAGGCCCGGUGUCUGCCGCCCGAUUGUGUUACUUGGUGCACCCGGAAUUGGACGGAACGAAUUGAAGCGACGGUUAGUCGCUAGGGAUCCGGAAAAAUACAAAAGUCCAGUGCCAUACACAACUCGACCCAUGCGUUCUGGUGAGGUUGCCGGUCGGGAGUAUCUCUUUGUGUCCCGUGAGAAAAUGGAAAGCGAUAUCGCAAACGGCAAGUUCAUCGAGUACGGCGAGUACAAAGGUCAUCUAUACGGAACUUCGGGCGAGAGUGUAAAGAGUAUUGUCAACGCCGGAUGCGUCUGUGUUCUGAGUCCUCACUACCAGGCGCUGAAGUCGCUGCGAACAGCCCAGCUCAAGCCGUUCAUCGUGCACAUCAGACCACCGCAGUUUGAUCAACUGAAACAGACACGAACCAAAGCUCGUGCCCGUUCGACGUUCGAUGAAACCAACUCGAGGGGAUUCACGGAUGAAGAAUUCAGCGAAAUGAUCAAAUCAGCGGAGAGGAUCAACUUCCUGUACGGGCACUUCUGCGAUGACGAGAUCCUCAACGGAGACCUCACGGAUGCGUUCGAGAAGCUGGUGAACCUGGCCAACAAGGCCGAGACGGAGCCACUGUGGGCACCGGCAAGUUGGGUGCAAUGAAGGCACAUUUGCUCUGCUGCCAUCGAGCAGGAGCUUGUUGAGCUUACCUGAGCGUAACAGAUUAAGGUGUUCAUAAAUGUAGAAGAAAGUAUUGCUUUUUGUUUCUGUCGUUGCCGCGACUGUUGGGAAGGAGCAACCAUUAUGCGUCUAUUGUCGGUCGGCGGCUUAUCAGAUUAUGGGUUAUUCGCAUUAUGAUGUGCCAUUGUCGAAGAUGGAGCAUGGUAGAUAAAAUGAGACAAAUAAUCUUCAGUUAAUCGACACUAGUUUCCUAUUGAUCAAUCUAAGGUUCAAUUUGUUACAACGAAAUCUUCAGUCGCAAUUACGUUUUUUACAAUAAUUAUCUCUCUCAUUUGUGGUAAGUAACCUCUAUUUAUAAUUUCACUGUAUGCUUUCGGCCAACUAUUUAGGAUAAACGUGCAACCCGCAAUAAGGAAAUGAUUGGAAACAUGAUGAUGGUUUCCGCGAGAGUAAAUUCAUUCACUUCAACCGCAAGAAGCGUGCCUAGUUUCAAUUGCUUAGUCAAAAUGUGCUCAGUUCAGUUAACACAAAUGAAAUGAAUGAGAGUUGUUUGGAUUUUUGGUAUAGAUUUUAAAUUAAGAGUUAAUAAAUAGGAAGGAUAAGUUGCACUGCCCUAGAUAAUUUCUGGAUAAGUUAAAUAACGUUUAGAGACUUGUCAUUUUUUUUUUUUUGUUGGAGUGUAAAAGUCGGUGUUCUUUUCCUAAAAUCCUACAAUUCGAGCAGAGGUUCUGCAUGUUUAUAGAUGUGAAAAAGGUGACAACAAUAUUGUCCUAUGAAUAUUCCGUCAUAUUUCCUAACUCUGCCAGUGUGUGAGGUUCCAUAGUGGGGCAAAAUUUUGCAAAAAUUCAAGUCAACAAACAUCGAAAUGAUGAACCAUUGAGUUUAAUCGUGCAUGGACUAAGAUUACCGAACAGUUUUAAACAGUUAAUAGACUUUUAAAGCUUGACUGACAUACUAUGGUCACUAUUCUGUAUAGCGAAUCGAACAUCACUCCAUUCUUCUAGUUUAUUUUGGUCAUAAAGGAAAUAAAUUCGACGAGUAACGGUCGAGUAAUUCGAAUUGUUCCACCGUACAAAAGUCGAGCGAUUCUUCUAUUACAAAAAGUCGGGUAAAGUUAGGCUGUUCGUCUUGUCAAUUCAAAGCUUCGGUAUUUUUUCUGUGUUUGUCGUUUGAUUUUUUUUUUUCGAUACAACAAGAUUUGUCUGAAGGGAGUUUUUAAUGAAAGGUUAAGUCGAGCUUACAUUCAAAACCUCUGAACUCAAAUAAAAACCAAAAAACUUCUUCUUUGGAGGAACGGCGGUACCAACAAAGGUUAGUGGAAGGCAUGGCUCGCAAAAAAACAACGGGAAACUUGUUCGGUCGCAGAAAGUUCCAAUGAAAUGUUAAUGAAGGAGGGGAUUACGUUGGAACAACAAGUUUUUGAGCGUUAAUAUCUCCUAAGCUACUGAACGGAAUGGUAUGAUAAUAACUUCAUUCGACAGAUAAAAUGUCUACGCGUUAUAUGCUUGUUACUUAUUUAUUCAAAAACUUGUUCCAAUAGCCCAACAAUUGCUUCGAAGACAAGCUAUUGAAAUAACGAAAAUCUGUAUAUGAACCAGCUCGGUAGUACACUCAGUUAUAAUUGUACAGCGGUUGAAUAGCCCGUGUGCUGUGGUGGCUUUGAGUUUACAUAAACAUCAGAUGUUAUCGGUCCUCAAAAUAAUUCUAAAGUACAGACGAUCAUAGAGUCUAUGUGCUCCAUUAACUUCAAUUGAUAGGAAUAUAGAACCCAAGUAAUCUUGCUUCCGUCAAAAUGAAUGAGAUAUGAUCACGAUAAUGGUCACGCAACGGAUUUUUAGUUUAAAACUACAGGGAUUCUCAAACUAUUUUGGGCAAGAGACCACUUUUUCCAGAAUCAAGUUAUACCUCAGACCCCUAUAGCCAAAUUUGUUUCAAAAUUCUAUCUCUAGUUUUUUGUUCUAUUCAUACAAAAUAGUUACCAAUUUAAAAAUUUUGCGGUUGGUUAAGCGAGGAAACUUGGCGUCAUUUUCUCAUUAAAAUUCAACAAAAUUAAUACACAUUUAGAAAAUAUCAAGGUAAUUAACUUUCGAAAAAAGAACUUUAAAAUUAAAAUACUUUCUCGUCUAGUAGGAAAUACUUAAAAAUACCUCAUUUUGAUCAUGAUAAAUUUGGUUUGGACAAGCUUUAUAUAAAAAGUAAAAUAUUCAAGAAUAAGACUAAACAAUUUAAAAGAAAUUGCUUUUCAAUACAAUGCAAUUUGAUAAUUUCAAUACCAAAGUAAUACUUGAGCAAUGUUAUUUUGGUUUUGAAUGUGCUCAUUAGUAUUGGAAUAAUAUUGUGGGACUGAUCAAAAAUUAUUCCAGAAUUCCAAUACAUAGAUCGCUGCAUAAAUUAUAACAAGGAGACGUCAGUUUGUCAGUUUUGCGUGUUCGGUUUCAGCUCCCAUUCGUUGCAAUGAUAUUCAAAUGUAAACAAACGGAGCUAAUACAAACCACGCAAAAACUUCAAACCGAAGUCAUUUCAAACUGCUCGAAUGAUAUGAUUUAUUAAUGGUUUAUUUCACCAUUUUCCGGAUAUAAAUACUUCACGGGGUUUCAAAGGGGAUUCUAUUUAUCAAGCGUUGGAAUGGGCAAAAAAAUCGUUUUAGUUAAAUCAAGCCGAUCUCCUUAAAAUACUCGAUCUCUCGAUCUCGACGCUUGCUAAAGCUUAGUCGGACCUUACUAAAGGAUCGUAUCCUGUGUUCCAAACUAACCGAACAUUCAGUGGAACACAGGUUUGCGUGCGAAACAGUACAAAAAAUCUAGCUCACCUAUAGUAUAUGUCAAACCAGUGAGCUAAAACAUCGAUACAUGCAUAUGUGAAACAUGAGGGAGAGAAACGAAUUCAUUUUGGAGGGAGUCACUUCAAUAUGCAUUGAAGUCCAUUUGACGGAGAAAAAUGAAAUGAGAAAGUCGAGUCGUAGAGUGAGAUAGCAACUGAACGCACGAAUGACCGUUGAGUCACGUUGACGGAGAAACUGCUGGAAGAAGCCAAAACUCAUUUCCAAUUGAAUACGAAGGCGACUUUCUUCAUAGUCCGCUAACUAUCCUUAGUUGAAUAUUACUUUGCCGAGCCCUGCUGAUAAGUAUCGCCAAUUGCCGCCAAAGAAUUUCCGAGUGAACUUCGACAAGAUAUAUUAUAGACGAGGAAGGCAACGUUGUCGCUACGAGAAAUCGAACAGUAGUCCAUACCCAGUAUAGCCAUAAGUUCUGUCAGUGAAAUCAUGACUGCUGCAGAGAAAUUUGAAGCGAAAAACAAUGGUAAAACUGCAGUCGUGUAGUGCGAUGUUAGACAGAUCCCAUCAAUAUCAGACAGAUCUACGAAUUGCAUCCUUGUACACAGGCAUUCACACAUUCUCACACUAAAGUUAGUUGACUGUCCUCCAGUCCAGGAUUACGCUCCUCAGACUUCCACAUCACUGACAUAAUUGCCAAUUGUGGAAUGUUCUACUCGAUGACAUAUCAUAAAUCUUUUCGCACUGCUAGCAUAUCUAGCAGCACAUUCCAAGUCUGUCAGUUGACCGCUUAACUCCAGUCAUGAUUAACUAACAACACUUCUCUGUAUCCGUUCGAUAACCGGGCACGAUAGCUAAAUAGUUUUCCGCGAAUAAUCACAAACGCGCUAUACGGUUCUUCAUGAUUGAUUCUUCACGAGAUCAAAAACCGCUACAACCUGAGUUGUUCUCUUCGCCUCUAGCUCUGAAAAAGGCCAUUGUGAAAAAUUUAACUCCAACCACCAUGUCUUGAGAAAGACUACUCUACUCAUUCCCACUAAACGCUAGCCAACAAACGCUGUCCACUCUACAAACAUCAAGCGAGAAGUGAAGUGGUGUGUUGUAAAGUGAAGUUCCGCGUCAUAUUAGUUCCACAUUUUUUCUAUAGGAUGGUAAUUGGAUAGACUUCGGUCAAUAAAAUCCACCCCAUUGUCAGGAUACUCUGGCUAAUAUUGAACUUCCUAGCAAAUUUAUCCACGAACGUCAACCUAAAUGUGCCGGACACAUUUCCUAGUGCCGUGGCUAGGUAAAAUUGUUGACCAGGAAACUGUUUGAAAUCCAUUUUCACGUUCCAUUGUGACUGUUUUGCGAUUUCCGCAACUGCCCACGUUGGAUUUCCAAUGUGAGUGUACUGCAAAAUUAAUUUUCUUUUAUUGUUUUCUACCUGGUAUAACCUCUGACUCUCUGCACGAAAAGCGUUGAUAUUAUAAAAGGAACUACUUCAUGAUCAAACCCCUGUCAAGGCACGAUAUAGUCUGAACAGCGGUAUAUAUUGCCCCAUUUCACACUCUUAUUUAAUAAAAUUCAAAAGUUUUUUGUAGGAAUCCAGAUAAAUUAUCUUCUUUCAUUUUGCAGAAAAAAUAAUUCAUUCACAUAAAGACGAAACUAACUCCGACAAGCUCGCCUGGAACGAAUUCUACAGCAAUACAGGUCGGACUCGAUUAUAUAUAGUCGACCAUUUUUUUUUCAACAAUUAUUUUCUAAUCUUAUACAUUAUCGAAUCUCAAGAAAACAAUUUUUUCAUCAAUGUAUGAAUGUCAAACAUCAAUAGAAAAAUAGAUUUCGAUUCGAUUAAGUAUUGGAUUCGAAAAAUAACGUUGAAAGUGAAAUUGCGAUUAUAUAUAAUCGAUUUCGACCUGUAAUCAUGAAGCUAGAAAUUUGUGUUUGUUUGUUUAUUUAAAAAAUACGCAGACGAUUAGAAUAUUACACGAACAAGGUUUGAACGAAUCUCUGCUCGUCAUUUUUUUCCUACAGCAAUGGAAAACCUAAAAAUAAUUUAAUCCAAUGGUUCUUACACUAAUGAACACCUUGAGAAAGCGGAGAACACAACGCCUGCCUCCAAAGCUAGUGACGCUAAAAUACUAUGAUACCGGAUAAUCACAAUGCAUUUUACCGACAUAAGAUUCGCAGGACUCCUAAUAUUUAGAAAAAAAAAGCAGAACAAAAAGUAAACCAAUACUAAACAAAGCGAUGAACAUCUAAAAGCCGACAUCUACAUUACACAACCUGCUGCUCGCGGGGACAGAGCUGUAUAUUUUCCGAAAAAUUUAAAAAAAUCUCAAAUUUUAAAAACUCUUACAACUAUUUAAAGCCGUAUGUUAUUCUAUCCGUAGCAUAUAAUAUCGAGAGAACAAAAAAAAACAAACAAAAAUGAAUAGCCGCAUAUAGAACUCGUUCUUGUUACAAAGCAAACUCAGCUGAACUCGUCUUUCCUUCUGGAGUUACGCACUCAAUAGAUACCUAAGCAUUAAGCAAAACAUAAACAAAACUCUGGGUAGAGAAUUGCAGCAAACAAAAAACCGAAAUUUUACUCUCUCUACAGUAGUGCGGAAUGGACUGUGGUAACAGGCGGUGGUAGUUCGCAAAGAUUGGAAAUUUAAACGGAAUUUUACUGUAGACUAUUAGCUAGGGACAGCAUGUCAGUGACAAUAUUACCGAAAGGCACAGUAGAAAGCUAGUAGUGGGGCAUAGCUACCGAAUUUUAGCCCAUUCAACAGCAGCUGAAGACAUACAAAAAUGAUUUGUGUUGACCAAUCUUACGUAGAAACUGAACCUAAGUCACCCUGAGAACCUUUUGUAACAGGCGGCUUUACAAAUUUCCCUCACAACUAUUGAUGUUUUUUCUCGCUUUCCGAACUCAACUCAAUCCAUCAAACCAUGUACUGAAGUGGUCAAUCGAGAACCAGAAACGAAAUCCCAACCAAGAACAAAUGCCAGAACAUACAAAAACUCAAUACGAAAAGCGCGUCUGAAUUUAACACAAGGAGAAAAAAAUUAUUGUGAAUAUUAUUAAGAGAACAAAAAGCGAUGUUGUUUGUUGAUUAGUUUUAGUGAAAGAGGUAAAAAUAUAAAUUCGAAAGAGAUAAAAUUGAGUCCCAAAUUUUUGAUUACAAAAUUAAACAAAGCAAAAGUGGAAAUAAAAUUGUAAUUUUUACACAAUAACAAGCUACAUUAUAUAGUUCAAUGAAUAAACAUUCUUUGAAAUACAA